AUGGCCACCGCUACCGCCACUGUCACUUCUCGCGAGGACAUCAAGGUUGACACUGAGCUGGUCGUUGAACACAUAAAGCUACUCAAGAAGGUUUUCCAAGACGCACUCAACGAAAAUCCCACCAUCUGUCGCAACGAGCACGACUAUCCUCCAUCUGCGGCGCUGGAACGACUGCUAUGCGAGGUACUCGAGCAUGACAUACCAAGCUAUGUCGAGCCCGGUUGUAAACCUUCGGGCUUGCUAGAAGCGACAAUCCAGCAAAUUCAGAAGCACUUCCCUGAGAGGAAGGUUGCUGCUGGCCAACUGGCCAACUGGGUGUUCCUUACCGUUGUGCACGAGAGAUUGGAUCUCUGGAGCAACGUCCGCCUGCGACGCCUCAUGGGCACUCACUAUUACCGAUUGAAAGGUGAUCAUCCAGAGCACGAACAUCUCCUCGAUGACGACAUCAAGCGCACUCUCGGAAGAUACAACGUGCUCGGUGGAAUGGAUGCUCCGAAGAGACUUAUCGACUAUGUCGUGCCAUACGACUGGGGCAGACAUGUCAUCACAGUCGUCCCGCCGCUCAACACCGAUCUUACUGGUAGCGACCCCGACGGGCAUACCAUUUGGCUAACGACCUCGGAGCGCAGAGCCAUUUACUUCUCGAAGGGUGCAGUCCCAAUGCCUCUUCCCAAGCUGGGACCAAAGAAGUUCGUCGUCAAACCUACCGACAAUGGAAUGGGAUACGGGGUGUUUGCCACUCAGAAUCUCAAGCGUGGCGAGACAUUCCAUGUUGAGCGCCCCUUCCUCGUCUUUCCCGGGAAAUACAUGGCCUUCUUCGGAGGGGGCAUUCCCGAGAGCGCCGCAAAGGAAAUUACCGCGCGGGAGAUCAUGCAAGCUCAGCUCGACCAUGUUGAACGGUUCCUCACAGUCAGCUUCGCCACGUGCAUGACGAAAGAAGACCGCGCGGAGUUCAGGACGCUGACGAAUAGCUACAAGGACGGGAGUGGUCCUCUUGGAGGGAUCGUAAGGACCAAUGGGAUUGUCCUCGACUUUGGUGAGGCGAACAACGAUUUUGGCGGAUGGUAUGCUGCGGUUGGAAGGGUCGGAAGUAGGUUCAACCAUUCAUGCGUUCCCGAUGUGGCUGUAGAUUUCGACCCAACAACGUUCGCCAUGCAAUACACCGCUGUGCGCGACAUCGAAGCCGGCUCACAAAUAUUCCACUGCUACACCCAGCCUUACGAGACGAAAGCCCAACGCGCCCAAUCUCUCCAGGAAUACGGGAUUUACAAUUGCUCAUGCCCUACAUGCCUUCGACACAGGCCCUACUCGGAUCGUCUGCGUCCAGCGCUGCCCAAGCUCAUAAACGGCUGGUUCGACCAGGCCAACAACGUAUGGGUGCACGACCCGAAUUUGAAGGUCGAUGUAUUGAAACCUGUUCUUGAGAUCAAGAGAUGGAUGGAUGAGCACGGCAUGGAUAUCGAGGCCUGUGGGUAUCAUACAAUUUUGGGCGUUAUGAUGAUAGCGUAUCUGCGACUGGGCAUGGAGAAGGAGGCCGCUGAAUGCCAAGCGGGAAUCAAACUGCGAUACCGGGGUAAUCGCGAGCUGAUGGACUGGUUCUGGGAAGCGGAAUCGUUGGAUUGA